AUGUCUUGGGAAGCGCACCUGCCAAUCGCGCCUCGUGGAACCGCAAGUGCGCCUCAAACACUCAAAGCAGCCAGCAGCCCGCCCGAUUUGACGAUCAGCCCUUUUGCCGCCCAUUUGCUCUGCCGAACGCACCCACUGACAGCAUCAAUAUCGAGCGACACCCGCGCAUAUGGGUUUUGGACAGGCUUUGCAUCUGGCCGGGUCGAGAGCAUACAAUUGACGCGACCGCCGCCGCCGCCGCCGCCGCCGGGACUAUCCACGCGCGUUGCCCGCUGGGGGAGCAGAGCACGAGGGGCCACGACAGAACCAACCCCCAUCCCGACAACUCGAGUCGCAUUAUCCAUCUACAGUAUUUGGAUUCAUGUCAAAUCUCAUCAGCCAUCCAUGACGACUCUCGUACAGACCCGUCAGCCGCUGCAAGUACUGAGCAUGAGCCAUCAGCCCAAGCGCCGCCGAAGCGAGCGCAUUGCCUCAUAUGAUGAAAACGACGGAGACUUUCAGUUUACCCGGGCCACGAAGAAGGCGAAAACAACAAUACCAGAGCCAAUUCCAGAGGACGAUGUGGCACCUGCACCUGCACCAGCCCCAAGGCGGCCUGGCAGACCGCCAAAGUCCAGCAAGGCGCGUGAAACAUCAGUGGAGGAGCCGCAACCAGCACCGCCAAAAAGAGCGUCGAAGAGGAGGUCGAGUCAAUUAGCGGUGCCCCAAGAUGAACCUCAGACAGUAUCAUUACCACAACAACGGGCAACGCGCCGGACCAGGCGCUCAUCAUCAGUAAGGCUAGAGGAACAGCAAGAGGAGAAGAUAGUCGAGAAACUAAAGCCCAAGCCAAAGCCCAAAGCCAGAUCUACCAACGGCACCUCGUCGAAAAGUCGCAAUGAUGAGAUUGAUAUGGAUGUAUCUCCGCAGCUGUCCCCUCGACCUGCGAUACAAACCCCUGAGCCGUUGGUUGAGAAAACGAGGGGUAAAGGCGAGGCGAAGAAAACGGCAGAGUCGAAAACAAUUGCGCUGCCAUUCAGCGAUACGCCCGUCAUGAAUAGGAACAAGGAAAUGCGUCGCAAGACAGGAGGACGCAGGAGUAGUUUGGGCAUGCGUGGUAGGAGAGCGAGCUCACUGAUCGAUAAUGGGCAUAGCGCCAUACCUCACCGCGCCGUCGACCCGGCCGACUUUUACAAGCAUAUCGAAGCAGAAGGACUCAGCGAGCCUCGGCGUAUGAAACAACUUUUGACGUGGUGCGGUGAACGAGCAUUGAGUGAAAAGCCUCCAUUAGGGAGCACAAACUCCAACGCUAUACUGGGGGCCCGAGCUAUACAAGAUCAAUUAUUAAAGGAUUUUGGCUCAAAAUCUGAAUUCUCAGAUUGGUUUUCGAGGGAAGAUGUGCCGAGACCACCGGCAAUCGAGAAACCAAAUCCUCGAAAUACGGAGCACGAAGAAAAAAUCGCCGCUUUAGAGGAAAGAGUAAAACGAUUGAGAGCAGAAAAGAAGACAUGGUUAGCACUCAAGAAAGCACCGCCCGAGUUGCCACCUCUUUUCCCUCCAACAGAAUCGUCUUCUUCCUCCGGGGAACAGCAAAAGCACCUACCAGAUACAUCUCUUCUCGAUCAAGAAGAGGCGCAGAUGCUGGCCUCGAUAACUGAUACAGCAUCAAGCUUUGCAAAGUUGAGGAUUCGAACACAAGCACGAAUACACGCGCUUCAACAAUCCUUGGAAUUUAAAGUCGACCACUUGGCCGAUAGCGUACACAAGGUCGAACAACGUGUCAAUACAGCAGGCCGCGAAGCAGAUCAUGUCUUGGCGCUAAGUGCCGCGCGAUUAAAAGAGCGCGAGAUGGAGGAGAAGAAGAGGGCGGGAACGAAAGAUAUGCCAGUCAUGGAGGUGCUCAGGAGUCUAGGCAGGAUAUUACCAGAGGGAGAAAGUGGCCCAUGA